GUAGACAAGUGUGACAGUAUUUUCAUACUGAGCCGAGAACAACAUAGGUGCUGCUGUACGACUGUUUUAAUCUGGAUUAGUGUUUCUCUCUCUAGCCAGGACUCUAAUAAUCCGAUUAUUCAGAGUUCGCUUGGCGCUUCUUCAAGGGGGAGAAGAUGAUGGAGACGCGAAGCAAGGGCUCCUCGGUUAUAUGGCGGUGUCUCGGCGCAUACCGUUACUGUUCAUGCUGGUUCAGGCGAUCUGCACUUCUGAAGUGAGGCUACGAGAGGCUAUAGCCUCACCUCACGUGCUAUUAAAUCGAUUGGAAGUUUUUUUCUACGCCAUGCAAGGCAAGUCGAACGCGUCCCUAUGCAAAGCGUGAGCAAAGUUAUUUUAACAGGGUUUCUAUUCUAGUCAGUCCACUGCAGUGCAUCCCUGUGCAGUAUUCGGACAUAUAGAAUGCUGCGCUCUGCUCUGCAGUCAGACUGCGGCUUUGACAGAGUUUUGAGAGCGAAAUCGAAAGACGACUGAAUUUAAUGAGAGUGACUUGGGUCUUUUUCCAUACCUGUCAAUCAACGGGGAUAGCGGUAUCGACUAUAGCCUACAUUAUGGGUCCUUCAUUGUCGUUUUGAUGGUGUUCAGAGUCCUGUGGUUGAGUGAUGACUCAGACUGGGGAAGAGAAUGCUACUCACCGUGCAGCACCCACUGAGCCCCAGCACCACCCCAGCACCAUGUCUUACUACCCUACAGCCAACCACUGUGUUUGGGGGACCACGUCUCCAUAGCUACAGCAGCUAAAUAUACACAUCUUCAAUACAUGAAAACUGAGAGAGGGAUGGAACCAUAUUUCAGAUUGAAUGUGAGUACUGUGGAUAUUAAGUAACAAACACAGUCUUACAAACUGUCAGAGGCAGAGAGAAGAACAGCAUGGAGGACAGUGAGCUUAUCUUUCUGGAGCGCCAUGAUGAGGGCGAGGGCCCUACCGUGGCCUUCUCCAAAGACAAGCCUGGAGUCAUGGAGGCCCCUACCGUGGCCUUCUCCAAAGACAAGCCUGGAGUCAGGGAGGGCCCUACCGUGGCCUUCUCCAAAGACAAGCCUGGAGUCAGGGAGGGCCCUACAGUGGUCUUCUCCAAAGACAAGACUGGAGUCAUGGAGGCCAGAGACAGUAGGCCCGACUCAGGCCUGGGGCUAGGUUUGGGGCUGGAGCCAGGCCAGGGACGCCGCUCCUCGGGCUUCCACAUCCCCCUCUCCCCCUCCUCUCCAGGCUCCCUGGCUGACCUGGCCAUGGCCUCGUCGCCACCCCCCAGCCUGGUGAAGUCCUCCUCCACAGAGCUGCAGACCAAAGAGACUGGUUCCUUGAGAAGCUCCAAACCCCUCCUCAGCCUGGUCAAGUCCCUCUCCACCGAGAUCUCCCACCUCGAGCCCGAGGUCUACCUCUCCAAGUCGGACUCCAAGCUCCACAUGCACCCCUGGAAGCAGUUCACCCAGACCCAACCCAAGCUCCAGGAGGCUGGUUUUGGGAAUGAUAGCUGGAUGGCACCCCCGUCCCCCGUUUCCCCCACGGAGCCCAAAGGAAGUUCCCUGAUGACCGAGUUCGAGGACACGCGGAGGAAGUUCUCGGAGGCCAUACAGGACCCCAUGAGCAUGUGGGGUAAAAUGAUGGGGGAUGAGUUGAGCUCGGGGAGCCCCAAACAGAAGGUGUCUGGGGGGGUCGGGGACUCACCUGCCUCCCUUGGUAGCUGUGUAGGUGGUGGGAGUGGGACCCCAUUGAACAUUGAAGAUGGGAGCACAGAUACACAAGUAAGAUACAGACGUGGAACAGACAGUGAACUGGGUGUGUGUGAAACCCCACUAAGGAGACCCAGGAAGGGCCUUCUGAAGCCCUCACUUUCCCCAGAGCACCAUAGCCAGCUGGGGGAUAGCCUCUACGAGAUCUGCACCAACGGAGACCUCAUCCAGGUGGUAGAGGUCCAGGGGGUCGGAACCAGUGGAGCUGGUACCAGAGGUCAGCAUCGAGGAACCCAUCCCCAGGCUCGAGGCAGGAUUCCUGGGGUUCCUGUAGCCUCAGUGCCUGUCCGCUGGCUCUUGUUUGUGGGCGUACUUGCCUAUGGGUUCUUUGUGCUCCCUCUGCCCUCCUAUGUGACUGGGCUGUCCCUGGGGCUAGCAUGUGGGUUCCUGUUAGGGUUGGUGGUGGUCCUGGUGUUAACGCCACGUCCGCGCUCCAGAGCUUUGCCCCCCUGGGGCACUACAGGGGCCCGGUGGUCCCAAGACAACAGCCUGCUGCCCUCGGACCCUGUUGGUGGGCCGCGCACAGAUGCAGAAGUCCUGGAGGGCUGGAUGAACGAGAUGCCCGUGUACGACCCAGAGACCUACCACCCGUCGCUCACCCACUCUGUGUAUGCCACCCUGGAGGGCAGCCGCCUACGCCUGGCCUACCCCCGCACCAACAUCCCCCGACAGGCAGCCUUCGACGAACCGCCCCAUGAAGUCGUGUUCCUGCGCUCUCGCUGCUACCAGCUGGCCAACUGCAAGGUCUCCCUGUUGCCUGCUGCCUUGGCACGGAAGAGAGUUUGGAAUAAGAAGUACCCUAUCUGUAUCAUACUGGCCGAGGGAGAGGUGGGGAGAGAGGAGGAGGAGGAGAGAGUGGAAGAGGGGCAAGAGGAGGAGGAGGAGGAGGAGAGGACAGACAAGCAGACACUCCCAGACACACAGACACAGGGCCUCCCCGACACUCUCUACCUUUUUGGUCGUACAGGAAGAGAGAAGGAGGAUUGGUUCCAGCACUUCCUGUUAGCCUCAAAGUCAGAGUUCAAGAGCAGCCCGAUCAGAGACGUGCCCAAGUCUGAGGUGUUAUGCAGUGGGAGCUCCAGUAUGGACAGUACGGAGCACCUGCCCUCUCUGAUUGGCCUGCGUGACCUGGUGGACUACGGCUCCUACAUGAGCCGCCUCAUUGGCUUAGAGGGUAGCAGUCCCAGUCCCAGCCCCAGCCCCAGCCUCUGCCACAGUGACCAGGGAAGCCCCACAGCCAGGAAGAGGUUCCCCAGUGAGGAGGCAUCAGCAGAGGGGGGCUGCCCAGCAGAGGGCCAACCAGCCUGGGUCAAUGCCCUGGUGGGGAGGAUCUUCUGGGACUUCCUCCGGGAGAAGUACUGGGUGGACCUGGUGGCCCACAAGAUCCAGAAGAAGCUGAGUAAGAUCAGGUUGCCGUACUUUGUGAAUGAACUGAAGUUGGCUGAUCUGGACAUGGGUACCUGCAUACCUCAGGCGCUCAGCAUCUCCAAACCCUCACUGGACCACAGAGGCCUGUGGUUGGAGUUGGAGGUGGUGUAUACAGGCUGCCUACAGAUGACCCUGGAGACGAAGUUGAACCUGUGUAAACUGGGGAAGGAGAAGUCCAUUGGGGUGGAUGCUGACGGACACAUCCCAGAGACCAGCCAAGUAGGCUCCAAGCCCAGGCUGUGUGUAUUAGCUGACAGUGAUGAGGAGUCCUCCAGUGCCGGCUCGUCUGAUGAGGAGGAGGUGCCGCCUACUGAACCCCAGGGAACUCUGGGAGAUAAGAGCACAGGCACGCCACCACCACCACCAGCGACUGAUGGUGGGAGUGGUGGGAGCACCGGCAGACGGUUCCUGAGGUUCGUGGACAAGAUCGCCUCGUCCAAGUACUUCCAGAAGGCCACGGAGAACGAGUACAUCAAGAAGAAGAUCGCUGAGGUCUCCAACAUGCCACUGAUGCUCACUGUGGAAGUUCUAGAACUCUCAGGGACUCUGGCUGUCAACAUUCCACCUCCCCCUACUGACAGGAUAUGGUACAGUUUCCGUGUGCCUCCCAGGCUGGACCUGCGUGUGCGUCCCAUGCUAGGGGAGAGGGAGGUCACCUUCACACACGUCACAGAGUGGAUCGAGAAGAAGCUGAGUCGAGAGUUUCAGAAGGAGUUUGUGAUGCCCAACAUGGAUGACCUCUAUCUUCCUCUCAUGUCCUCCGUGCUGGACAACCCUCCAGCAGCCCAGCAUUCUCCAGCCCACUCCUCCCGCCGCUCCUCCAACGACUCCCAGUACUACGUGUCUGAAUAGCGCCUCACUGUGGCAGUGGAUGGAGAAGAAAAUAAAUGGAAAACCAGUGGGCAUGGAUCCACAGUGGAUUCUGAGCAGAUAGGGCUUGGUUCAGUCCUAGCUUGUGAGGGAUGGUCAUAGUGAAGCCUGUGGCGGGCAUGUACAACAUGGCAUGACUGGACAGUGGCAUGCAGGAGACAGUGGCAUGGCUAUGUUCUGAGCAGCCAGAGGGACUGGUAUAAUCGCAUAGAGCCUGGUAUAGCGCCCAGCCCUACUGACUGAACUUAAGACAGCACUUUGCAAUAGAGAAGUGACCUGCGAUAGUCCUGUAAUGAACCAGGCUGAUGUUUAUUGGGGUGAGUCUUCUCCGUGAGGCAGAACUGAACGAUUUCCACUAGAUGGAACAGCAAAAAUUCUAAAUAGGCUGUAUUGUAAAAAUUCAUACACAAAAAUGGGCUUUUUGGUCUUAAUUUAAGUUUAGGGUUAAGGAUAGGUUUUCAAAUCAGAUUUGGACUUUGUGGCAGUGCCAGUAAGUGACCACUCUGCAUAGCUGCCUCCAGAACAAAAUACACUAAGCUGUGUAAUGAAGACUGUGUGUCUCAGUUGGCACCAUAUAUAUAUAUAUAUAUCAUAAGAGGUUGCAACCAUGUUUGAUAACAUUCCACCAAUUCCACUCGUCGUUAACACAAGCCAUUCUCUGCAAUUAAGGUGCCACCAACCCCCUGUGCUAUAUGGUGCACUGCUUUUGACCAGGACCCUGCUAUGGUAGUGCACUACAUAGGGAAUAGGGUGCCAUUUUGAAUAAAACAGCAAUAGGUAGAUAUGUUCACUUGAAGGAAAGUGAAUAUGGGCAUUACUGGUAUGAACUGUCACUGUACGAUGACUAUGCUGUGAUAUACUGAAUCAGUUUGUCCUCAACUCUUGAAGGUGAGCGGUGUACUCAUGUUGUCCAGUGGGCUGGCCAGAACAUUGGUGUGUUACUGGCCUGACAAAAUGGACUCCCUGAACAAUUCCUAUUUUAACAGUGAUUGUAGCCCAGAGUAGAUUCCUAGAUUAUUGGUUCUUUAAAACGUUCAUUCAAUGUCUUUGAGUGGAUUUUUGGACAGUGUACCAGUGUACUUCAUUCAUCGACUAACUGACUAACUGACAAUAAAGCAUGUAGAAAUGGCUUUCUGAGUGGAUUUGGACAGUGUACCCCCUCUUCAUUCAUCGACUAACUGACAAUAAAGCAUGUACAAAUGGACAGGCUAUCAAGAUAUUGUGGGAAAAAUAAAACUUCAUAAAAAUACUGUACAAAUACAUGA